AGAGCACGCUAGAGAAAGAGAAAGAAAAGAUUCGUUAGGCGGUUGAGAACGAACGACACGUUGCGUGGCUCGCCACGAAACGACGCGUGGCCGUCGAUCGAGAAACCGCCGUGUAUCCCCGAACGGACGGAAGCUUGCCGGUCAAAGUUUGCGGUGAAUUUUCACGAUCGGUUCUGCUGGCGUCGCGAUCGUAGAGCAUAGUGGCGAGCGCAAGAAAAAGGCAAACCAUCCGCGGAGAGCUGCCAGCCGAUGUUUGCGUAUGAAAAAACCCGGUCGUCCUCUUCCACCUCUUCCUCCUCUUCUUUCCGGCGCUCGCCUACUGGCAGGGGGGCAACGUGCCGGUCGAUCUGUGCAUUGUAAACAAAAAGAACAAAGGGCCAACGGAAACACUAACGACGACGAAGGCGACGACGAGGAAGACGAGGAACGAGGACGGCAAGAACGAGGAGAAGAACGUGGGAAGGGAAGAACGUAAGAAGGAGGAAGGAAAACGAAGGAGAAAAAUACAGAGUGGGGGGCUGACGCGUGCUACUACCGCCGUUACUUCCAUCGCAACAAAAAUAGUUCAGUCGCUGCGGUGGAGAAGAGACAGACGGCGAAUGAAAAGGGACGGAAGAUAGUAGAGGCAGAGAAAGAGAAGGAAUAUCGAGUUAUCGUAAUACAUAUACACGCAUACACGUGUGACUUCGCGCGUUACCACCAGCGUGAGGAGAUCACGUAGAAUACGAAGCGGCGGUAGUUAAGUGCAACUUUCGUGUACUGGUGACGCAUUCGACAGUGUGAACGAGUGAGAGGAGGGUACUUUCGAGAUAAAUACGAGACGAGACGAUCGAGAUUCGUCACGAGCGAAAAUAAAGCGGAGAUAAAUUUGGGGCCCGAAUCGGAUGGAGAGCGGUCGAGACAGAAGAAAGAAAAAAGGAGAAAAGAAUUUUAUUUCGGUGCAGCGCGAUCUGGCUUUCUUCCGUUCCUUGUAGUGUCAGCAGUGACAGAGAGUGGUGCGCGCACGAUCAGCUGUUCGAAACCGCGACUCGCAUUGUUCUUCUCUCCCGUUCCAUCGAUCGUCUUUCGUCGUGAAUUUUUUGACACGAUAUUCGCCGUGACUCGACAAAUCGGACUCGAUCGUCGCUGACGCCACGUUUCUUCUUCUCAUACGCGUGUUUCAAGUCAACGUUCUUGAACCACCUGUUGACGAUUUACGAGGGAAAAUCGAGACGGCGCUGUGUUCCAACGUAAUUUUACGGUCGCGUUGUGGUCGAAAGUAAAACCUGGAUAGAGCCUGAUUCUUAUUACGUGCUCGAUGGUUUAAUUCGAAACGGAUUCCACGGUGUAUCAUCGCGACAUUGUAUAAAAUUCAUCUAAACACCCUUCUUGCCUGUGUCGGUCGAUGUGCUAGCAAAUACAAGAACCAAAAAACGUGGAAGUUACAGGGAUCUUCGUUACCAUGUGUUCGAUAACAUUUCGCGGGAAGAUUGUCGAAUCGGUCGCAAGGACGUGUGCGAUAUCAGUGGUGGAACAUUAAUAAUGUGCAAAUUCGUGCAGAGUUUGACGAACAUCGUCAUUGAAGGAAAUUAAAUAUGCGACUGGAGAGACUUUCGACGGCGGUGCGGUGCGCCGAGUGUUUUUCGGUGUGAAUGUUAUCGAGUCGUUGUUAGUAUACGCCUUAUCUGUCGCUCGCAUCGGCAGAGUGACAGAGAAAAAGAGUGUAAGAAAAAGUGGGGGAAAGAAAGAAAGAGACUCGACUGAGUUCGGAGGUCACGGAACCGUUGGACGAUAUGCGGCACGCAAACUCGUUUCGACGAGCUGAGAAUUUCGGCCCGCGGAUCCAAGUGGCGCGCUCGCGUCGUCCGGACGCCAAUAGCGGCGUGAAACAGUGGUGAUAUGCUGGUCGAGGGACACGGGAGCGUCGAUUCUAUUCCCGGCGUCUUUUUCUCGCCGGUUGCGUGACGUUCGACUGGCGGCGAGAACAGAGUAUUAUACACCGUACGCGGCGACGUUCUCGAGCGCGCCAACCUCCACUUCGCUACUGGUGUGAUAGCUAGUCAAAGUGAUCGGAAGGGCAUUACGUUUAUUAUUACGGGCAUCGAAGCGGUUGCAUGGUGUGUACGAUAAAAGUAACGUAUUAAGGGAGAGAAAGAAAGAGAGAGAGAGAGAGAAAGAGAGAGGGAGAAAGAGAGAGAGAGAGAGAUGCUUCGUUGUAAAGUGUUAAAUUGUAUAGUAAGGAAAAAAGAACCGCGGGGAUACGUGGAACACGUUGAUCUAUUUCGAAUAAUGCACGCUUAAAAAUCGAGGCCACGGUGAAAGACCAUUGUCGCUCGAUCAGAAAUGCUCGUGUCGCGAUGAUCGAAUUCCGUUGUAGCGAACAAACCGUCCGAAGGUAAUCGUGCUUUCUCGCUUCUCGCUCGUCGUGCAUGCGUUGUUACGGGACUCGGAUCUCCGCUUUGGUUACGCACGAAGGAAAGUUAUCGCCGGUGGUAGCGCGCUGGUGGUGGUUCGAGCGUCUCUGGAAAAGCGCGGAAGACGCGACGAAAGCGAAAGUACGACGGUUGCGUUGGCGCGUUCCAGAAAAUGACCUUCAAGUUCCGCUGAGAAUCCUCCACCACGCGGAUUGAAUAGAGAGAAAAAACAUGGAUCUGUAACGACCACACCUGUCAACGCGUAUCAUCGUCGUGUAAAAGAAAAUCUUCUCGGAUUGAGACAGUGUAUAAGUGCGAAUAUCUAGCGACGAGGAGCCAUCGGAGGAGGGGCAUGGUGGGCACCCACCAACCAGGGCCACAGGCCCGGGUGGCCCCCCUGUAACGAGGAAGUCUCUUGCUAUCGUGCCGCUCGUGCUCCAUUAGAUUGCCUGGAAUGAUGCAACAAAAAUUCGUGAAGAGGACGGCCGAGGAGUUGGAGCCUGCCGGUGGUGGUAGCGGAGACGGUGGCUUCGGCGAGCCCCCCGUGAAGCUGCAAUGCACGCAGGCACAGCAUCAGCACCAGCAGGGUCCCGGUGGCGGCGGUGGAGGUGGGCCCCAUCACGGCCACGGGCAGCAUCCUCCUGGGAACGGCGCGAACACAACAGGCCCUACUCACGGUGGUGGCGGCGGAGGCGGCGGUGGUGGCGGGAACGAGGGUUUGACCAAGUUCUCUGUGGAGAUCGUGCAACAACUGGAAUUCACCACGUCCGCGGCGAACUCUCAGGCUCAACAGAUUUCCACGAAUGUGACCGUGAAAGCGUUGACGAACGCGUCGGUGAAGAGCGAUCUGCUGAACGCGUCGUCGUCCCCAAAAUCGGGACCAGAUACUCCUGCAUCGGCCGCAUCGAGGCCUCAAACAGGGAACGGUGCCGGAGGCGGGCCAGGCGGUGGUAGCGGUGGCACCGGUGGACCGACUGCACCCGGUGGCAUCGGUUGCGUCGAUAUCGGUAACCUGGUUGAGUGCAAGCAAGAGCCUGACAACGAGUUCGUCGACUUGGAACAGUGCGCUGCUGCGCUGGAGAAAGACGCGGCAGCGAACGGGGCCGGAUUCCCUGGCUUCUCUGAUUUCAUGGGCGACGACACGGGCGACGAGAUUAUCACCUCUGAUGCGUUCAAGGACCUGAUUUCGGAGAUCUCAGACUUCCAUCCGGAGUUCAUGAAGGACUUCGAUUUCGAGGAGAAGAUCCCUGUGGAAGCCCUGGCUAAUAACGCGGCAGUGGCUGCCGCUGCGGCUGCCGCGGCGAAUAAUAAUAAUAAUAACAAUAAUAAUAAUAGCAUCGGGACAAACAACGGCCAGAUCAAGAUCGAGGACGACAAGGACGCUAUACAUCAGCAGCUCGGGAACGUGAACAAUAACACCGUGAACAACGGCACCAGCACUAACAACGGGAAUGCUAGCCUGCCCGCUAAUUCUAGCCCUGGAGCACUUGGCUCAGCCCAGUACUCGCCGGCCAGACUACCGUACUCCAGCCUGGACUUCAAGUCGGAGAUGAGUCCUGCCGCUCAGACGUUGAAACAGAUGGCUGAGCAGCAUCAGCACAAGAGUCAGCAGUUAGGGCUGGGUGGAUUCAAUCCUGGUGCCGCCGCCGCUGCUGCUGCUAGAGGACCUACUGCUCGUUCCCCUUACGCUGAGUUUCCACAAUUCGGUGGCACGUCGGACUACCUGGGCAGCCCUGGGAGUGCUGGUCCACCCGGUGGACAGUCCCAAGCGACUACUGGCACUGGUUCGUAUCACAAGAACAACGGCACGUCCGGUUUCCAGAGUCAGCAGACCAACGAUAUGUUUGUCGGCUCGCAAACCCAAUUUGCUGCUGGCCUGGCGGACAUGAAGAGACCGCAACCAGCCACCGGUGGCAAACCGACCAUGCUUGGGCCAAGCGGAGGAUAUAAGCAACAGUAUUCGCCGUACGGUAGCCCGGGAUCGAUGCCGAAUCACGGCAGCCCCGGUUAUCCGCUUCCACCGAGAGGCUCCCAGGGCGCUGGACCCAAUCAAACCGGAUCCCAGGGACCCUUCACUAGCUCUACGCCGCCGAGACCACCCUCAGGACCUGGCACCUCCACUCUGCAAAUUAACCAGGCACAGCAGCUACACAUCAACAAUCCCGGACAUCAGAUUCAGGUGUCCGCGGGCCAACACAUGCAGCUCACAGGCGAUUUGAAACCGGGCGUGUCCGUGGCGGCCCAACAGGGCAUGUACUUUAAUCAGCAACAGAGCCAAAAUCAGACCGGACCUGCCGGGCAAACCGAUACGUAUUGUUCGGUCUCACAAUCUCAGACCAUCAACUUCACCCAGCAGAGUCUGAGACAGAGGGCCGCCGCCGCAGCAGCGAGUGGCGUCCCUCAGCCAGCUGGCAAUGCUGCUUCACGCAACCACCCCCAGCAAGUACCGCCGAAUCAGGUGGAUCAACAUCAGCACGCGAAGAUCCUUCAGCAGCAGCAGCUGAUGCGCGCACAGCAGGUGAUGCAACAACAACAGCACAUGGCCGGAGGAAUGGGUGGCGUAAGACCGCCGCCUCCCGAAUACAAAGCGGCUCAGGCCCAAAUGAUGCACGCUGGUAUCGGUAUGGGUCAGCAAGCUAGGUUUCCCAAUACUGGGCCUAUGCGUAGGGUUACGCAACAGCCUAUGCCACCUUCGGGUCCAAUGAUGAGGCCUCAAAUGGCGCAGCAGCAACAACAGGCGUUGCAUGCUGCCGGUGGCAACAUGUACAUGGGCGGCGGAGGUAUGGCCGCCAUUGGUGGCAUGCAUCAGAUGCAUCAACGUCUCGGAUAUCCUAGGACUAACAAUCAACGGCCGCCUAACGUCAGCGUCGGUCCGCCCGAUGGCCUUGGGAAUAGCAUCGCAGGCCGCGGCGCCCAGCAGGAGUGGCGACACGUUCUCAUGCAGCAACAGGGCUUUCAAGCGCAGAUGCGAUCGCAGUUCAACCAACAAGGUCACCAAGGUGGAUUCGGUAUGGCUGGUACAGGUGGUAUGCAGAUGAACGCAGCCCAGAUGCAGCAUCAACAGUUGAUUCGCUCACAGAGCGGAGGUAUCGCUGGCUCCGGUAUGGCCAACAGCACUCAGAUGCAGCAGCUACUGUCGCAGCAACACCAGCAGCAGACAUUAGCCAUGCAGCAGAGUAGUAAUCAGAUGUCACUGCAGAUGCAAAUGUCGCAGUCCUCAUCAGUCAACUCUGUCAGCAGUACCGGAACCGGUUCCCCGCUGCAUCCGCAUCAGUACGGCGCGGGGAGUCCAGGAGUACGCAGCCUGCCACAGCAGCAACAGCAACACGCGCAACCGCCAGCCACCUCCACGGACCCGUCCGUAGCCGCGGCGGACUUUAGUCUCGAAUUUCUGGAGAACCUUCCGACCGGAGACACGUCGAACUUCAGCGCACAGGAACUGCUGAAUUCCCUUGACUCCACGGCGGGCUUCAACCUCGAUAUUCUGUAAGGCCACGCCUAUCGCGGUCUAUUCGGAAAAUCGGAUUUUAAUUCGCUCAAAGGCCGGUUUGAAUCGUGAAAAGAUAAAAGAGCAGAAAAAUGAGAAGGAAAAAAUGACGACGAUGCAUGUACGCAUUAGGAUCGAUCACCCCUGAGAAACACGCGCAACGUCCAUAAGCAGACUCGCCUGGCAUCACGCAGCUUUCUUCGUCGCGUGCUGCGCCGAUGAUUCGUAUGUAUUAACAGUUCCUCGAGAUCGAUAAAUAACGUGGGACGUAAUCGUCGCGUCGAGAGAGAGACAGAGAGAGAGAGAGAGAGAGAGAGAGAGAGAGAGAGAGAG